CAGCACUCCGGAAAGAUGUGCUCACGUGGGUCCUGCCACAGCCACGAGACCUCCUGCCACAGCUCCCGCUCCUCCUGCCACGACUCGGAGCCCUCCUGCCAUUACACCAUCCAGAGGGUCCCUGUUCCCAAGUACUCCUGCGUGACGCCGUGCUGCCCCCCGGUGCAGACCUUCUGUCCCCCAGUGCAGCGCUAUUGCCCUCCAGUGCAGCCCUGUUGUCCCCCGGUGCAGACCUACUGCCCACCUGCCCCCUACUGCCCCCAGUACACCAAGAAUAUCUGCAAGCUGCCACCACCGUGCCCCAAAUACUAGCUGUGGGAUCAAGCCACGCUCCGACAGCACUGGCUGCCUCCUCCUUGGACACCAUGGCCGUAGAUCAACGCAACACCGUGGAUAUCCUGGGGUCUCUGCCCUGCGCCUCACCACUGCUGUGCUUGACAUGCUCCCCCAGUCAUCUGUCAAGGAUUUGCUCUUUCCAGUGACUUGGGAAAUGUUCUCUCCAUGUAUUUAGUGCUUAAUUACCACUGGGAAUCUUUUCAUGCCUUGUGCUUCUGUUUCAGACUCA